GGCAAGUUGGUGGUGGCGAAUUGUCCCACUCCAACUGGGAAUGGUUCAAUUUGGAUGAGCCACAACCACAAUCCUGUAAGGGAGGGCAGAUUGGGGGGGAAAGUUGGCUGGCUCUUGACCCAUAGAGUCCCGCUAGCAAGUGACAAUCUGAAGCCAGCUAUUGAUAGCAUGAAUGUUCACAAGUGAAACCUGAAUUUCUCUUAGUAAACAAAGCGGUUGUCCAAGUGUGUUGUGCUCAAUUUUACAACCUUUUCGCCACAAUUCUUAAGCAAAAUUUGUCCAUGAUGUGUUUGGAGUGCCAGACUUCAGGGCUUCAUCCCAGUGCAGCAUGUUUCUGCCCUUUUAGCCACAUACAGGCCAAACACUAACUUUAAACCAGGAGCACAUUAUUCUGUGCGAUUUUAGGGACUACACCCUAUGUGACCCCUUGCCAUUAGCUCUGCUGGUUGGAAACAAUGGGAACUGAAACUUAGAACACCUGGAGGCUCCCUGUUUGAGUAUUCCUGUCCUCAUGAAUCUUUCUAUUUCUUAUUUUUUUUAGGGAAUUGAUCUUGGGGGGAGAUGAGAAGCAUGAGAAGCCCCCCAUCAAUUUGCCUCGGGGAAGCAAGAUCCCAAUACUGGAUGUUUUCCUCUGCACCUGAGGGAAGAAAUGGCGGCUUAGAAGUGAAUUAGAUUCAUCCAGGGAAAAAGAUCAUGUCUUUGGAGCGGGAGGUGGAGAUUUCAGCCUCGGGGUUUCAGAGAGUCAUCUUUGACCUGGACACGAAGCCAGAAAUCAAGAUGGAAAAGCAGGACGUGGAGCCUGAGAGGCAGGCCCACCUGGCUGGGCAUACCGAGGCCAUAUCAAGAGGGUUGUGCCGCCCACUUCAGCACAUUAAACAGGAAGAUGACGAGAGUUUGGAGCCACAACAGUGGGAAGCACAACAGUGCAACUUUCUCGACACAUCCCCAUCUCUUCCUCGGGGCCAGGGGCUCUCCGAGUUGCCGGAGGGGAUGCUGCAGCAUGGACCCAAGGCUUCUCCAUCCAUUUUGGAAGGAGCAGGGCCUAUGUCUGACUGGGAUAAGGCAGGGAAGGUCCCCAAAGUUACACCGGACAGCAGAGACUUCAGGAUGCCGAGUGGGGGAAGCGAGGAGCAAACCGAAGGGCUCGAAGCUGGCAAUUCCGAAUGUCAACGCCAGCAUUUCCGGCAGUUCAGUUACAGGGAGGCUGAGGGCCCGUGGGAGGCCUACUGUCAACUUCGGAAACUUUGCCACCGGUGGCUGAUGCCCGAGAGGCGCACCAAGGAGGAGAUGCUGGAGUUGGUGAUCUUGGAGCAGUUCCUGGCCAUCCUGCCCCUGGAGAUGCUGAGCUGGAUCCGGGAACAGGAUUCUGAGAGCUGCUUGCAUGCAAUAGCCUUGGCAGAGAGUUUCCUCCUAAGGCAGCAUGAGAAGCCAGAUCAGCAGAUGACAGGGAUGAAGGAAGAGGAGGCAGCAGCGGAUUUCCCCGAAGGAAAAGGAACUUCUCUGGAUGUUACCCUCAGGCAGCUGAGCAAGGAGGUCAAGCAAGAGGAGGAUGGGAAUGCCUGCAUGACAGAUGACGAAGGGCAAAGAGACCACCAGGAGAUGAUGACAGAGAGAGAAAACGUCCAGGAUUUAAAAGAACCUGUCUCCAAUCCGAACAAGCCAACCAAAGAACAGCCAGAAGAGCCAGAGACCGAUCCUGUUGCAUUGAAGAGGAGAGACCUCUACACAACCAUCCUCAGGCAGCCGAUCCCCAAAGGGAAGCAACCAAGUGACAAGCUGUUCCAUAGUCUCAACAAGCAUCUCCAGGCCCACACCGGCAAGGAGCUGUUUGAAUGCUCCGAUUGCGGGAAGGCCUUUAUUUCCAGAGCCGGCUUCAUCGUGCACAUUCGAGUCCAUGGCCGGGAGAAACCCUAUGAAUGCUCAGAGUGCGGGAAACACUUCCGCCGCAGUUCGCACCUCAACAACCACAGCAAAAUCCACACCGGGGUGAAGCCCUUCCAGUGCUCGGAUUGCGGGAAGACCUUCAGCCGUAGUUCCAGCUUGGUUUCCCAUCAGCACAUGCACACGGGGGAGAAGCCCUACCACUGCGCCUCCUGCAGCAAGCAGUUCUGCGACAAAUACAGCCUGGUGCGCCACGAACGCCUCCACACUGGCGACAAACCCUACAAGUGCACGGAGUGCGGGAAGAGUUUCAACCAAAGCCACCAUCUCGUCACUCACAAGAGGAGCCACACGGGUGAAAAGCCCUAUGUGUGCUUGCUGUGCAGCAAAAGCUUCUGCGAUCGGUCCACGUACAUCCGGCACCAGAAGAACCACAUGGGCGAGAAAAUGUUCAAGUGCUCUGAGUGUGGUGAAAGCUUCAGCCGGAACAAGCACCUUCUCCGGCACCGGAGAAUCCAUACGGCCGGGGAGCUGUACACCUGCUCCGAUUGCGGCGAGAACUUUUCCCGUCAGUCGGGCUUGAAAAUGCACCAGAAAAUCCACACGGGGGAGAAACCCUACGAAUGCGGGGACUGCGGGAAGAAAUUUAACCGAAGCACCAACUUGAUCAGCCAUCAGAGGGUCCACACGGGAGAAAGACCGUACGGUUGCCCCGACUGUGAGAAGAGAUUUAGUCGGAGGACGCACCUCGUGAGCCACCAGAGAAUCCACGGGCAGAAGAAGGAAAUGCCAGAAGGUCUGGCCACAGCAGGUCUGCAUCCCCCUGCAGCAGUUUUCGUGCCCACGCUGUUCAUCACAACCCUCUGAGAUGAAUCAUUUAAUUCUGAAGGAAGACCUUUACCAAUUUACCUCUUCGGUAGGAGCAGAGUGUCGCUGUUACAGCAGAAUGUCA